AUGUGGGCGGAUGGGCUGUCAGCUUGGGGAAUCCCAUCACCUGUCAGAGCUGGCACGGCCAACAGGAUCGCCCUGGUUACCACGUACAAACGCCUGGACUGUGGCAAGGUGAGCCUGGCUACGGCCGGGUCCUGUGGGAACUGCAGCAGGAGGCAGCUGGAGCUGGACGCGCUGGGCACGGGCUUGGCUGGCGCCUCUGGGAUUGGCACGCAGCAGCGGACCUGCUGGACCUCACACUACGAGAAGAACGUCAGCGGCAAAUGGCAGUUCGAGUGCCAGCACGGCUCGGACGAGUGCCUGGGCAACAUGAUGGAGACCUGCCUCAUGGACGUGCUGCAGGACUUUGACCUCUACUUCCUCGUCAUCUUCUGCAUGGAGUCGGGCUCAUCUGUGACCGGCAACAUGGGCGCUUGCCUGCAGAUCUACGCACCCGACAUCAAGCUGUCCGACAUCAUGGCCUGCGUGAAGGGAGACCAGGGCAUCAAGCUGAUGCACAACAACGCCCAGCGGACGGAUGCCCUCCAACCGCCCCACAAAUACGUGCCCUGGAUCCUGGUCAAUGGGAAGCACACGGACGACCUGCAGGCCCAGGCCCAGAACGCGCUCUUCAACCUGGUCUGUGAGCUGUACACGGGACCGAAGCCGGAUGCCUGCCGCAGCUCUGGGCCUAGUCCAGCCGCGCUGAAGACGAUGUCGCGCUGCCUGAAGUGAUGCCAGCGCUGGGCGCUCCCCGCCCCCCACCAGCGCUGCGCACCGUGGGCAUGGCCCCAGGCUGCAGCCCGCGGGCACCGGCUGGCCCCAGGCCGGGUUUGGGCCGAGGCCCCUGCCCAGCGCGGGGGCGGGAAUGAGACUGGGGCAGAGGGGCACGCUGCUGCGCGUGCUGCAGAGCAAACGCUUGUGCAGGAGGGAGCCGGCCUCACGCUGCUACGCCUCUGCCAUGUCCCCCCCGCCCCCCGCUUGCAGUGCUGCAGGGCGAGCCCCAAGAGGGGUGGGGGCAGGCCCGGAGCUGCGUGCAGGGCCUGUGCCUCCUGCUCCUCUGCACGUACUCCCCCGGAUGCUACCUCCGUGCCCCGCACCCCUGCCUGCUGAGCCGUGCUUCCCGCCUGCCGCGGGCAGCCUGCCAUGCGUGGCCCUGGGCCCCGGCCUGUG